AUGGAAACAGAGCUAGAUGGAGCUGCUCUAUUGGAUGAAAAUCUUUGGAAAAUCAUCGAAAAGAAACUCAUGUUCAUUAAUGAUCCUAAACAAGGAAGUAAUUUUUAAUUAGUCCCUGUAAAUUCCUCUUCAAAUCAAGCAUAUCAAGAAAUUCUAUCUCUACAUGAACAUAUGGGUCAAGCUAAAUUUGGCACAAGUCAGCCUUGGAAAGCAGCCCCAAAAGGUUUUAAAACAAGCAUCAGUGACAACGAAGGCUUUUUAAGUUUCCAAAGAGAAGUUGACAUUCAGCUUGAAGAAAUCACUCUCCUUCUUGAAAAAUUCCAAGAAAAAGUUGAAAAUAAUGAAGUUGAGUAAUUCAUAUGCAGACAAGAGCAGCUAGCCCAAGAUAUCCAUAAAGAAGAAGACCAAAUUGAGAUGAUUGAGCAAAGUUUAAAUGAAACCACCAAUGAUUUCAGUAAUCGUCAAGAGCAUUUUGGAUUUGUUUUAAAAGAUGCCCAAGGUGCAAUUGACGAAAUAAAAAAUCUACUGAUUCAAGGUCGUGAAAAAGUUACAUUAGAGUCUACAGUAAAUAAACUUGAAGAAGAGCUUUCACGCGCCCAUAUAGUCAUAGAUGAUCUCCAAACUAAAGAAAAAUCCCUUAGCGAGCAGCUUUCCAAGCUUAAAACAGAAAGUGAAUCAAGCAUAAAGCGAGCCAAAUCAGAGCUGGAUGCUUUACAAAAGCAGCAUUUCAGCCUUAAAAACGCUUACGAUUCUUUGCAUACAACUCAUUAUCAAGUCUCUUCUCAGUCAUCAACUGAAAUAGAGACUCUAAAAGCUGAAAUAGGAAGGCUUCAGAGGCUUUAUGAUGCACUAAAAGAAGAACAAAUAACAAAAGAAGAAGUCCACGAAUCCUUAAAAAAACUUUUAAUCGACACUUCAGAAAGGGCUGACAGCCUUAAAGAGCAGCUUGAGAAGAGAGACCAGGAUGGAGAAAGAAUGCUCUCAAAAGCAGAUAUAACGAUUGCUUCACUUGAAAAUGAGCUCGUCAAAGUAAAAUCGUCAUGGAUGCAAGAUGUGGAACUUUUAAGCCAGGUAAGGCUAGAAAGAGAUACUGUACAAACACAAUAUUCACUGCUGGAACAAAAAUUUAGCAAGGUUUUACAGGAAAAUAAAGCUCUGAAACAAAAAGUGGAAGAGCUUAAGCAGGAGGCUAGGGCAAACUUUGAAGCCGCAAAAAUCCCAGUCACCCCUGAUAUGAAUGUGAGAACUGCAACUGGCUCGGCAUCUAGAUUGGAAAUUGAGUUUCAAAGGGAAAUUGAAAAAAUGAAGCGUGAGUAUGAGACUGAAAUUGACAAGCUAACAGAAGAGCUGGUGUGGUUUCGAGCCAAACUGGAGUCUGAAAAGCAGUGGGGUCAGCAGCUAGCAGAUAGAAAUCAAAAGCUUCAAGAACAACUGGAACAGGUUAGACAGCAAAUUUAA